CCGUCUUGCUUCCUGGAUUGGCUCUGCAACAACGUGUGGCUGCUAAAAAAUUAUGGUAGCGAUUAAAAUGGUAGCGAUUAAAAUGGGGAUUAAAAUGGGGAUGAAGCAGCAGGAAGAGUAUGAUGGCGAUGGUGCUGCUGCUGUUUAUUCCACACAGAAAAUGGUGUUUGCUUACUAUGUCACUGGUCAUGAAUUUGGCCACGCAACUCGUGUUGCGGAGGUGGUGAGGCAUCUAAUCCUUGCUGGUCAUGAUGUUCAUGUGGUCACUGCUGCUCCUGAAUUUGUUUUCACCAACGAAGUGCAUUCUCCUUGCUUGUUCUUUCGCAAGGUGAGUUUAAUUCAUUUUAGCUUGAUUCAGGCUUAGUUUGAUAAUUUCCAA